AAGAGCCUUGCACCACGCCGGGUACGACCUCUGACUCCUUUAGCGGGGAAGUAAGUCGCGACUGGCGGAUCGCGGGCUUUCGACGAUUAUUUUCGCGACUCGUGGAGCACGCCGUGGACCGCUGCCCGUCGUCCGUCGUGGUGCAGAAGCCGGUGAACGAGCGCGUAAACGAACUUAUCACUGGGUUCUGGUGAUAAGGGAGUACUAGUGAAAAGAACGACUCGAUUAGUGAAAAGAACGAAAGAAACGAACUGAUUUUUUUCUUGGUUGCAAUGUGGAAUAAUUGGUGCUUUUUCAUUUUGUUAUUGUAUUUUGGUGUCCUAAACAUAACGAAUGGAUACGAUACACCACAAAACCCUCAGUACCACAUCCAAACCGAUGAGGGACCAGAAAGAUAUUUUAGGUACCAGACAUUAAGUGGACAAUUCCGAAAAGAAAAACGAUUGGAAGAUGGGACCGUUAUUGGUACUUACGCUUGGAUUGAUGAUGAUGGUAUACUACGACAAAGAGACUACAUUGCCGAUACUGCAGGCUACAGAAUCUUGAAGAGCAAGAACCUAUACGUAGGAAGAAAUCUUCCAGUUGCAGAAGCCAUGAAACUAGCCAAGAAAUACCCUGCUUCUGCUGGUACCUUAGUCUCUUCAAAAGCAAGUCCCAGUCCCGUACGACCCGUUGUUACAGUAGCAUAUAACCAGGCUAUAUCGCAAAGCACCACACCAAGGCCUGUCACCCCAUUACCAACUGUUUCAACUACAACAGGUAUACCUUGUGCGUCCUGCAAUACACCUGGACCAACCACCGUCAGACCUGAUGGACUUUAUGUAUCUUCAACCUUCGGCCCACAUGUGGAAAUUUCUAAUAAUGCAUUGCCUUCAUCGACCAUAGCACCAUUUAUUAGUACUACCGAAAAACCCUACGUUGAAAUUACUCCUGGAACUAUUUCAAGCACUUUAGCACCAUUCGUCAGUACUACCGUUAGCCCUGUAACGGGAUUACCUUUGGAAUAUCUAAAAACAGAUGUUCAGGCUGUUAAUAAUCUCCAGUUUCAUGAAACAUCUACAAUUAGACCAGCACAUCAACUACCUUCGGCUGUUCAGUACUCUCCAUCACCUUAUGAUGCCUUACCAACAUACACUGAAUCAGAUCAGAAUACUUUGGAUGCUAAUCCUUACGUAAGCCCAAUAAAUCAAGGUUAUCUGUUCCACAAUGGACCAACAUAUCCUAUUGACCGAAAUGGACAUACUUACAGAGGUACCAAAAGGUAUUCUAAUGCGAGAAUAGGGAAUGGGUACGACAAGCAAUACCCAGAGUAUGAUGGUGUCUCUGUAACCAACGACGGAUUCAGAUAUUACAUUCCUAGAGCUUACCAUGAAGAACAAACAGGUGUGAAUAAUGAAAAAUCUGGUAGUUUUGGAUAUAUCGAUCCGUUCGGUAUCAGGAGAGUGAUCUACUACAAUGCUAAACCAGGAGAAGGCUUCCAACAUCGAAAAAAUAACAGAUAUGUUGGUUUUGAUGCCACGCCAUAUGAUCCAAGACCAUAUUAAGAUCAAAAAAGCAUAAUUUUGGGCUGUGAUUUUAUUACUUGUCUCCCACGAAGUUGGAAGAUUAUCAGACACGCUUGAGACUUGCCAGAUAUAUAGUAAUAUACAGGAGAUUUUUACACAAAGUACAUCUGCAAGUUGAUUACUCUUAAAUCAAUAUUUACCUUGUACCUUUCAUGCAUCCCUAUAAAUUUAAACCAUUGUGCUGUAAUAUCGAAAAAUGUAAUAUUGUAGUAAAAAUUAAUUUAUUAAUCGGUAGUACUAAUACUAGCACACUAUGUUUUUUGUUAACAUGUAGCCAAUAAGUAUUUAUUCACCAUUUCGGUGCCAUAAAAUGGAUUCCUAGGAUUAAAGCGUAAUUUAUUAUAAAAAAUUAGCUCUAGUUCAGGAACCCAUAUGUUACAGAUAUUUGUCCGUAAUUUUAAAAACAGCCAUCUAAGUGCCAAACAAUUUAAAAUGUGAUCCCUUUCGAAAUUUAAAUUAAAAUUGAGCUUAAAAAUACAAUAAUAAAAUACCAGAACAGACUCAACAAGUAUCUGUAACUUGUAAAUAUUAAUGUAGCUUGUAUUAAGAAGAAAAUUAGAAAAAAUUAGAAAUGGUCACAAAAACUAAUAAUUUUGUCUAUUAAAUCUAAGUCAAUAUUGAAAAUUAACAAAUUUAGUGUAAUUAGUGACAAAAAAACUAAAUUCAGAUUUUGGUAACAUGAAAAUAUAUUAAAAUA